AUGAAGUUGUACUGUAUUUUAGUUUUGUUGAUUUGUGGACAUGCAUUGGGCAAUCUUGUGAGACAUGUUCGCACAAUAGACCAUGUAGACUACAUAAUAAGUGUUGUGUCUAAAACCGUUCAAGAAAUAGAAGCAAGGCAAUGGUCAAACCUGAAAGUACCUGAUCCAGACCCUAUUAAAAUUGAUGAAACAGUCUUAGGUUGGCAUGCGAAGGGCUCUGUUAGCUACACCAAUGCCUUUGUAGUUUCUAUUCAAGGGGUAGACCUCAUCAGACAGUCAGUCGGGCAGCAAGUCAAUCUGAAUGGGAACCGAGUAGCUCGAGCUGUACUAAGAGGAACUCUGAGAUUGCAUGACGUCGCUAUGGGCUAUGAUGUCAAAGCCGACUUGGAAGAUGGCACAAGUUUUUAUACGGUGAAAUAUAUUUAUCCACUGAUUAAUAUGGAUUUUAAUAUAACUAAAGUAAUUAAUGGCGACCAUAUCGAAGUAACGGUUACUGGUAACUUAUUAAAUAGACGCACCGAACCAAUCUUUAUGCCAAGUGAUAGAUUGAGCGAUACAUUGAGUUCACUGUUCAAUCCUGCCAUGUCUACUCCUGGUAUCAUUGCCUGGGGAGCAGACGUGUUCCAACCUAUAGCCAAGAGAAUUGUUACGACUGAAAUAGACUUUCCUGAAAUAUGUUAUAAUUGUGCUUAA